CUGCUGCGCUCAGAGCACCUGCGCCCGCGCUCCGUAGCGCCGCACGUCGCGUGCUCAGUCCCCGCGCCCGCGUCCCGCGCCGCGUAGCGUCGCGACGCCACCCACGAAGUUGAAAUUGGGGGAGUCAAAUUGUUACGCGGGGUGCUGGUGAGUGGGGCCUCCCGCGCGGCCUCCCCCCGCGGCGCCAUGUCCGCCGUGUCGCCGGUGCCGCUGGUGCCCGAGCGCAGCCCUCCCGCCUCGCCGGCCUCCGCGCCGCGCUCGCCCGCGCCCGCGCACGCCGUGCUCGCCACCAUGACGCCCGUGCAGCCCGCGCACGCGCACCACGCGCACCACCCGCACCCCCACGACUACUACCCGCACAAAGUCGAGAUGGACUCCGACGACGGGUAUCCCCCCGAAGCGCAUUCCUACCGGCACUCGCCACAUGAGCUCGCCGCGUACGCGCCCGACAACAAGGUGCCCGUGCAGCCGGACGUGUACGACCAGGGCAUGGAGUCCAUAGACGAGAAGACACCGAUUGAUCUCAUUUACGAAGACGAGAAACAGACUGUUAUAUAUACAACGACGCCGGACCAGAAGCGCGUGGAGAUGAUCAGUGGGCAGUUGGAAGACGGACAACUGGUGAGCGGCAGCGGGCAGCUUGUGGACGGCGGCGUAUCGGUGGUGGUCGGCGCGCCUGGGCAGGGCACGGUACUGGUGCUGGCCGACCACGUCGUCGAUGAGCUCGGACAAGUCAUCACAAUACCCAGGAGGCGCAAGGAGGUGAUGGAGGUGAGCGGCGAGUCGUGGCGCGCUUACUACUCGAGCGCGGAGCACCCGCUGAGCGCGGCGUCGUCGGCGGUGCUUGGCGUGGAUGACCAGCAGCCGCAGGCCCUCGUCACCGAGUACUACAAGCUGCCGCCUCUGCAAGCGCAGGAUCUACACAAGGAUGGGAAACUAACUGAUGUCUGGACGGCCGGAUCGGCGCUGAAGGCGGCCAAUGGCGCGCACGGGGCGGAGCUGGGCGAGCUCUCCGGGCUGCUACACGCGGGGCUCGUGAAGCGCGAGCCCGAGGACCUGAGCCGCAAGGUGGCCGACGAGCCCGAGCCGCACGCGCACGCGCUCAAGCCGCCGCGACACAAGGUGGCGGUGGGCGAGGUGAGCGAGGCGGCGUCGCCGUCGCCGGUGCCGUCGCGUGCCUCCUCGGCCGGCUCGCUGCUGCCGGACGCCGCCAUGUACGCAGCGCAGAUGUUCGCGCCGCCCGGCACCCCGAGCCCGACGCCCUAUGGCGAUCAGUACUCGCGGCAGCCCUCCAGUGCCGCCUUCGCCGCUGAGCCCUACUACAGAGAGUACUUUGUGGGUGAAGGCUACCAACAGAGGUCCGCGCCGCCCUAUGGGGACGCAGAAGCGGCGCCAGGUUCGGCUUUCGGCGAACGGUACGCGGCGCCACGCUACCACAGCAAGAGCGUGAUCGCGGCGGCCGGGCUCACCGUGGACCUGCCCUCGCCGGACAGUGGAAUUGGCGCUGAUGCUGUCACCCCCAGGGAUCACACCGCCGUUCAACAGUCGUUCGACUACACGGUGAUCUGCCAGCAACCACCGGAGGACGGACGAGGAACGCCGUCCGCGCACCACUCGCCCGUCCAGCCCCCGCGCACGCGCCCCUGGCACGACUUCGGCAGACAAAAUGACGCCGAUAAGAUACAAAUUGCCAAAUUGUUUUCACCUUAUGGCUUCAAGUACCACCUGGAGACAGCGAGCAGUAGCUCGCAGCGACGCGAAGACGACCGCAUCACCUACAUCAACAAGGGGCAGUUCUACGGCAUCACGCUGGAGUACGUGCACGACCCCGACAAGCCUCUCAAGAACCAGACGGUCAAGAGUGUGGUUAUGUUGAUGUUCAGGGAAGAAAAAUCACCUGAAGAUGAAAUUAAAGCGUGGCAGUUCUGGCACGGGAGACAACAUUCAGUAAAACAAAGGAUACUGGAUGCCGACACGAAGAACAGCAUCGGGCUGGCGGGCUGCAUCGAGGAGGUGUCGCACAACGCCAUCGCCAUCUACUGGAAUCCGCUCGAGAGUGCUGCUAAGAUCAACAUUGCAGUACAGUGCCUCAGCACAGACUUUAGCAGCCAAAAGGGAGUCAAGGGCCUACCGUUGCACAUUCAAAUUGACACGUUUGAAGACCCACGCGACACACAAGUGUAUCACAGAGGAUACUGCCAAAUUAAAGUUUUUUGUGACAAGGGUGCGGAAAGAAAAACACGGGACGAAGAGAGAAGAGCAGCGAAAAGAAAAAUGUCUGCUACGAAUAGAAAGAAGCUGGACGAGAUUUACCACCCAGUGACGGAGCGGAGCGAAUUCUAUACGAUGGCUGAUUUAGCGAAGCCGCCGGUGCUGUUCAGUCCAGCGGAGGACAUCGACAAGUUAACGGGGAUGGACAUCCAAGGGUUCUACGGACACGACGAGUCUGCGCUGGCGGAGGCUCACCUAAAGGGCGCCUCGCCGUUCCUGCUACACGCCGCCAAGCCGCAGGCGCCUGCGCUCAAGUUCCACAACCACUUCCCGCCUGACGCGCCUGCGUACAGAUCGGAGGUGGGCAGCCUCUCACCGUACGGUGACCGUAAGGACACGCUGGAGCUGGAGGGCGUGCUGGGCAAGCGCGCGCGCACCGGCACGCCGCCGCUCAGCGAGCGCGUCAUGCUGUACGUGCGCCAGGACACCGACGACGUGUACACGCCGCUGCACGUCGCGCCCCCCACCACGCAGGGCCUGCUGCAUGCGAUUGAGAAUAAGUACAAAAUUUCAAGUUCGGCAAUUAAUAAUCUUUAUCGAAAGAACAAGAAAGGGAUUACGGCCAAAAUUGACGAUGAAAUGCUAGCUUACUACUGCAACGAGGACUUGUUCUUGCUGGAGGUGCGGCCGGCGGGCGCCGCCGACGACGAGCCGCUGUACGACAUCACGUUCGUGGAGCUGCCGCUCGACCACUAGCCGCCGCCCGCCGGCGCAGAGACCUAACCGCGUGUCGACUAUGCUCUGGACAGUGAUUCCAACGGUCUCCGUCACAGUUACACUCGUUAUGAGAAAAACUGAUUUAACGUUUUCUCAAAGUGUCGAUCUCACGUUGAAAUUUACUUUUAAGCGAUUCAUCACCGUAGCUUCAUUUUACUAAAACUUAUUGUCACAAAAAUAUCAUGGUGGUUGUCGUAGGACGGCAUCCGUUUGUGGGACCGCAUUGUAAAUAACGACCACGCUAGAAUUUAUUAUUGUUGCGGUACGACGUUGGCAGAGAAAUUCUUAUCUCUAAUGCGAAGAAAUUAGUUCAUUCUGACUAUAUUAGGUAUAAAUGUGUAAUUUGUAAAUGACUAUCUGUUGCUGAUCAAAACGUGUGUGCCAUUCACUCGGUUAUCAUACUAGCUGUAUGUAGUUAACGUUUCAACAGGUACCUUUGAAUCUUGCCAUGAUGAUAAAGUAAGAAAUUCUUGUCACAAAACAUUAUGUAUUAGUAGAUACUAUAUUAUCUACUUGAAGUAAAAGCAUGAAGUGCCUUUGUCAUAAUAAUUAAUGUAAGUGAGUUAAGUCAAAUUAAAUGCCAUCCACUUUGUUAAGUUUUAUAAGCGUAAGUUUGCUUUAUUAGCUCGCUCAAUUCACUCAUUUAGUAAUGGUGACUCUAGCUAUAGGAAUCGAUAGAUUGUUCGUCAUUACUUUCAUCGUUCACUAUCAUAUUGUAAAUUACGUCCUUAUUUAUUUUUGUAACACAUGAAUGUAACCUAUUCCCUUUCACAAUUUCUCGUAAAAUACAACGAAAAAUUGUAAUGACUUUAUUCGAACCAAUGUUGCAGUACUGAAUUUGCCAUUAUCAUUCACAUUCAAAAAAGUGCCGCUAGUAAUUUCAAAAAGGAAAGGAUAUGUACUUAGUCAUUGUAACAUAGUCACAAAGGACGAGUCCGUUUGAAAUGCAAUUUCAUUAUCAUCUGUGGGAUUGGUUUAUGUAUAAUUUAAGGUAUUAUUGAUAAUAGAUUUUGUUAUUAUAAACGAAUUUCGAUACUUAGGUUAUCGGGCCAUGACAACAAUUUAGAUUAAGAAAAAAUGUAUGCUGUGUCCAAGACUUUACUAUGUACCUAUUUACGGUAUUUUACCGAGCCAUUUUAUAAAUGAUAUCCAAAGUUAUCCCUUGAAUUUAUUGAUUAUGGUUUUUUAAUAUAAUUUGCAGCGAUUUUCAUAUUUGGAUUAUAGACAAAGCGAAGCAAAUUAUAUGUAGACAUCCAUACAUGUAAUGUACUCAUCAAUGAAUAAUGUAUUGAAUUACGCCUUACAUGCAAGCGACUGGCCAUUUCGUUACAACGUAAGCCAUCGCAUUACAUAGUAGCUAUUUACGAGUGGCAUAGCCUAACCAACAUACAAAUGAUUAAUACGUUCCCAGUCCAGAACUAUGUACUUUUUAGUAUUGUAAAUGAAACCACUUUGAAAUGACCCACAAGAAAAUACUGAAUUAAUGGAUGCAAUGAGUUACAUUCUUAUUAAAUACUGCUAAGCAAAAAAAAAUUAAUAGACUAAUGAAAAAAAUGGUUUGGAAACUGCGAUCGUGUUAAUAUUAAAGUGAUGGAUGACGCUGAAAUCAUAUUAUGUAUUAAGUUUGUCCACCGAUUAUAUUCAAAAUUUAGAACCAGGUUCUGUGUCCUAAAAGGAUCAGUCUUGGACAUGCCCAAGAGUUUUUAAGAGAAGUGCCUAGUGCGGACGGUUCGAUUAACUGCCAUAUUAUGACAUAAUUUAGAAUACUUAAAGAUGUUAGUUAUAGAUUUUUAAAUAUAAUUCGUUUUAUUGUCCCAAGAAUUGCAGAUAGACAUCGAAUUUUAAUUAAGAUAAUGUUAUUGAUAUUUGUCUAUUACUUUACUUCUAUCUCGUUUCUUCCAUGUUAUUGCGAUAGGGUUGUGACUCCUCUGGUCCAUCGCGUAACACUUAUAUCUGCAUUUCAUAUUAGAUUUGAAGAUAUGUACCUAUGUAAAAGACACUCGUUAAUGUUUAUCCACUACUUACAUAAAGAAGAUCGAAGUAUCUCGAUUCAUUAUAAAUUUUAUAUGGUUACGCGUAUUGCUCAAAGUCUGCGCUCGAGUGGGGCGGACUAUAACGACAUUGUUAUUAUACCUACUUAUACGUAUUCACGUAAUGUUUAUUUAUGUUCUUAUUAUUUUAAUCGUGCAGCUUUAAUAUUUACUUACAUUGAUGUUAGAUCGUGAUUCUGAAUCUCGUCAUAAGUCACAAACGUCAGUAGCAAUAAAUACGUGAAGCAGUUAGUAGUUAAAUGGGCUCGCGCGGCGCGACGCCGGCCGCCGCGGCCGCCGGAGUUGUGCAAUGUCGGGUCAGUGGUCGGGUCGUCGGGUCGUCGGUCGUCGGUAGUCGGUUGUCGGUUGUCGGUCAGCCGGAGUCGGGUCGGGCCCGAGUCGCGGCGAGCCGCGGCCACCCGCGUCGCCGGCGAGAGAGUUUAGUCACACUAGUUAAACACACCCCGAAAGUGUUAGCACAUUUUCGUUAUAAAAUUCUACUGUACUUAAGAUUAAAUUGAAUAGAUGUUACGUUAUUCUUUUAUAUGAAUAUUUGUAAGUUGUCAUAAAAUAUUAUUAAUAUAAUUAUUUUUAUCAAAGUUUAUAAUCUAAAUAAAAAUGUUUUUCUUCAAAACA